UUCCAUUGAUCUCCCAUCAUAAGAUCAAAUUCAACACCCACCACCUCUGCAACAAGAAGUUCAGCAAAACUGCUUCUGAGCUCCGGUUCUUCAGCUUGCCUUUGUCACACAUGGAAGAUCAAUGGAAGCGCACGGCUCUGCUAGUCAUCGACAUGCAGAAAGAUUUUAUAGAAGAGGGAAGCGUGAUGUGGGUCAAAGGUGGGAAAGCCAUUGUCCCCAAUGUAAUGGAGGCUGUUGAAUUAGCUCGGCGUCGCGGCAUUCUGGUGGUUUGGGUGGUUCGGGAGCACGAUUCUCAAGGAAGAGAUGUUGAACUCUUCCGUCGACAUUUCUACUCGUCUGGAAAGUUGGGUCCAAUGAGCAAGGGUAGUGCGGGUGCUGAAUUGGUCGAUGGCUUGGUGAUUAGAGAAGGGGAUUAUAAAUUGGUGAAGACGCGUUUCAGUGCAUUCUUUGCAACACAUCUUCAUUCGGUCCUUCAGGGUGCUAAAAUAGAUAGUUUAGUCAUGGCUGGUGUUCAAACUCCAAACUGCGUUAGGCAGACGGUCUUUGAUGCAGUGGCACUUGAUUACCGAUCUGUUACUGUACUUGUCGAUGCCACCGCUGCUGCUACUCCUGAGGUUCAUCACGCGAAUAUCUUCGACAUGAAGAAUGUUGGAGUUUCUACGCCCACAUUGCAGGAGUGGCGGCAGUCCGCUUCUUGAACUUGAGCAAUCUGAUGGACUAGACAGAUAAGACAGGAUCAUCCAAAGGCGGAGCAGCUGGAUGGUCAUGUUGUACCAUUUGUUAAGUUGCAGCAACAAAAGAAAAUUCGAAUGCUCGUGUUGUACCAUUGGUUGCUAAACAUUACAAUCUUUCGCAUUUUUCAGAAGUUUUACCUGAAUUUUGAUGAAUUUGAUCCA